CUAAGGUUUAGGGGGGUGUUAGUUUCACUUUCCCUUUUUUCCCCUUUGGCUACUUGGAAACUUUUCCAAAGCUGAGGGAGGUUUGAGCAGGUGAAGAGCAGUAAAGGGGAAAAACUGGAGGAAAUGACCCCUGGCCCCCAUUCAUUGAACUGCCCUCGCUCCCAGGAGGGUGGGGAGGGGAGAAGGAGACGAAGGGAAUUAACUCAAGUGGAAGCUGUGCUCCCAGAUCCCGUGGACACGGAGCGGAAGGGCAGAGCCGAGGGGCCGGGGUUAAAUGGAGACGGGCAAGGGCAGAGCCUGGGCACGGGGGUUCAUUGCGGGGAAGGGCUAAGCGCAUCGCCCGGGGAUCUGUGUCCCCAGCCCGCGGGGCAGCCCCGCGCUCUCCCAUGGAUGCUCUCAGCGGAGGCGGCCCCGGCCGCCGGGCAUGGGGGCCCUGGCGGGGAGGCGUCUGGCCGCCCUGGCCCCGGUCCUCUGCCGUCCCCUCCGGGCGGAGCCUGCCUCUCCUCCGCCUCCUGCCUCUGCGGGCGGCGCGCCGCGCUCCGCCGGCCCCCGCUAUGGCCGACAGCCCGGGCCCCGCUGGCGGGGGGCGGCCGCGCUGCCCCCGGGCCGCCCCCACGGUGGAGCCGGUUCUCUUCCUGGGCACCGUGGCGCUGGGCCUGCAGGCCCCGCUCUGCACCCAGUACCUGUGGGAGCGGCUCGGGGCCGAGCUCGGCUACAACGGCUCCGCGGCCAGCGGCUCGCCCGGCUGCGGCAACGCGAGCGGCGCGGGGGACCCUCGGCAGCAGGAAGUGGAGACCCUGGCUUCCCAUUGGAACCUCUACAUCAACCUGGCAGGCUUCUUUGUGGGUCUCUUCUCGGUGACUCUCUUUGGGCCAUGGAGUGACAGCGUGGGUCGGCGUCCAGCGCUCAUCCUGCCCGCCGUGGGCAUGGCCUUGCAGGCUGCCAUCUAUCUUCUUGUCAUGUACCUGAGGCUACAUGUUGGCUACUUCCUGCUUGGGCGCAUCCUGUGCGGCCUCAUGGGGGACUACAACCUCAUCCUGGCCAGCUGCUUUGCCUACGUGGCUGACAUCAGCGACCAGCGUUCCCGUACGUUCCGCGUCGCCAUCCUGGAGGCGUGCCUGGGUGUGGCAGGCAUGCUGGCCAGCAUCAUCGGAGGGCAGUGGCGCAAAGCUCAGGGCUACAUCAAUCCCUUCUGGCUUGUGUUUGCUGUCAGUCUUGCCACUGCCCUCUAUGUUGCUCUUUGUCUCCAGGAAUCGGUGAAGGAGAGGAAACCGGCCAAGCUGUUCACCCUCAGUCACUAUAUGUCUGUGUACAAGCUGUAUGCAGCCCCAGGGUACCAGAGAUCCAGGCAGAAGCUCGCUCUCUACUCUCUGACGUUCUUUCUCAUUGUCACCAUCCACUUUGGAGCCAGGGACGUCUUUGUCCUAUACGAACUCAGCUCCCCACUCUGCUGGGGCUCUGAUCUGAUUGGCUAUGGCUCAGCGGCUAGUUACCUGACGUAUCUGAGCAGCCUGGCAGGGCUGCGGGCACUGCAGCUGUGCCUUGAAGACACCUGGGUAGCGGAGUUAGGAUUGCUCUCCAACAUCUCGGGGCUGGUUGUGAUUUCACUUGCUUCUACAACACCACUGAUGUUCACAGGUGAUGCUGAAUCCCAAAAUCCAGGUUAUGGCAUCCUGUUUCUUUCAAUGGCAGCCACUCCAGUGAUCCGGGCAAAGCUGUCCAAACUGGUGGAUGAGAAAGAUCAGGGUGCUCUUUUUGCCUCUGUUGCCUGCGUGGAAGGUCUCUGCUCACUUGUGGCCACAGGAGUGUUCAACUCUCUCUACCCUGCAAGCCUGCACUUCAUGAAGGGAUUCCCCUUUCUCUUUGGGGCAAUCAUUCUGCUCGUUCCAGCUGCUCUUAUUGGGUGGAUAGAAAUCUCGGACACCACACCCGAAUACGGUCACUUUACAGAUGCUUCCUGAUCCCCCACACAAGGCUAAGCACUGAUUCACCAAAAGAAAAUUAUUUGUGUGGCUGAGCAAACCGGUCGGAAAGCUGCUGCUUAUUCUGCUGGGACGAUUUGACCAAUGAGCGUGAGAGAUCUCUAAGGUUCUUGCUUAUUUAAAGUUCCAAGUAGCUGGAAAUCAUGGCUUUAAUCAGCCAGUAAAAACACGAUCCUGCCAGCAGGGCUAGCUCCUCAUGGUCCUACUGGCUUGGCCUGUCGGGGAAAACACCAGUGAGUUUAAAAAUAAAGGGGUAGAAAAAGCUGCUGUUGAUGCCCAUUUGCAGGUGACAGAGGAGUGAAAACUAACAGGGCAUGCUGGCGGCCCAGGGGGGAAUGUACGCUCCUGCUGAGGGGUUGUGAGUGAUGCCAGGGAGCAACUUCCCCUCUGAACAGAGUGAGCUCUUCCCUGUUGAGUGGCCAAUAAGCCAUUAGUAUGGAAAAAGAAACUCGAGACCAAAUGCACCUCCCUCCAGGAAGAGAUGGCCCCCGAAGGGCACAAUGGAAGUAGAGGAAGCCCAGCACUGGCUGAAUAGACUGUAGAGAGAGGGAGGCAGGCCCCUGGCCCCCAUCUGCACCAGGGUAACAGACUUGUUUUGCACGUUACUGCUCAGGCCAGGCUCUUGUAGCAGUGCUGAGAGUGAGAAGCAAGUCUUCCCAGGAGUGUGUGAGCGUCUGGAGGGACAUUCUCCCUUCCUGCCUGUCUAGCUGCAGAACCCAUUCAUGGGGCCCUUUGGAAGCACUAAUGGCACUGCACACAAGUCCCGUGGAGCUCAGCUGUUCGCAUCAGGUGCAGUGCAGUGUGUGCCGCUGAGCGGGGAAGAGCCAAGGCCCUUCCCCUAGUGCCCUUCAGCCCAGGAUUUCAAUGUUCUUUGCAAAGGUGGGCUGUGCAGGUUGGAACCUGAGGUAGACGGGUUAAAGCUAAACCUGUCCCAUCAUCCAUAACUGUGGGCACCUAAGUUCAAUAACUGUGGAUUAAGUGACUUCCCAAGGCCACAGAGUAAGUGAAUGGCAGAGCCAGGACCAGUCUCAUCCCAUCACUAGGCUGAGCUGGAUGCGGGAGCAGGGCGGGGGGUGUAUUUGCAGGGAGAAAAUAUAUGUUCUGUGGGAUGUACUCUUCUGUCAGCGAGCUGACUGCUGCUCCUCUUCCCAGAGGGUGACAGGUGCCAUCAUGUCUUCACGUUGUCACUCGCUCAGCUAUCCCCUGCUGGGGUAGUACCACCUCUCCCCAGCCCAUGGUGUUCAAAGCCUUCACAGCUGUUCUUCUAACAGCUGUUAAACUUGUUUCCUCUUGAAUAUAUGAUCUGUACAGUAACUAAGUGGCACUGCUGAUAACAAACCCCUUAUGCAAGGCUUCAAGGUGCUGCCGGUGCCGUUUUCUAAUCAGAUUUAUGACAAGGACAAGAUUGCUCAUUCCCAGAAUAGCAAGUCCCUAGUUCCUCUCGUGGCCCAUAAAGGCUGGCCUUGGCAGCAGAGUUCUUUUAUAGAAUCAUAAACGUUUAAGGGUGGAAGGGACCUUGAGCAGUUGUUUUCUAACUCAUCCCCCUGUGCUGAGGCAGGACUAAGGAAACCUCGACCAGCUGGGGCAGGUGUCUGCUUAUAAACACUUCUAGGGAUGGGGAUCCUACAGGGUAACACAUUCCAAUACUUAACUAUCCUUACCAUUAGAACGUUUUCCCUAAUGUCCAACCUAAAUCUCCCUGGCUGCAGAUUAAGCCCAUUACUUCUUGUCCUACAUGGAGAACAAUUGAUCACCGUCCUCUUUAUAACAGCCCUGAACACAUUUGAAGACUGUCGUCUUUUCUCAAAACUAAACAUACCCAUUUUCUAAAUGUUUCCUCAUAGGUCAGGUUUUCUAAACCUUUUAUCAUUUGUGUUGCUAUCCUGUGGACUCUCUCCAGUUUGUCCAGACUUCCUUCCCCGCUUAUCUCUCUCCGUUAUUCUCCUGCUUUUCUCUCUUGGGUUGAAGACUUUGGAGAGAAAAGCAGCAGCGAAUAAUUUGAUGCCAGGUGAAGAAUGAGCUCAUCAAAGAGCCUGGAGCCAUAAAGAUUAGAGAUGAUCCCCUGAGACUUGCUAGCAGCAGCUACACACUGGGUUAACCUUUUCCUGGGCACUGGAGUGAAGCUCACAGCAGCUCUGUUUCUGUUACCUGCCUGUAAAUAUAAUAGGCAGUGUUUGCCAAAUCAG